AUGUCUGCGACCAAGGGAAAGCUGCUGUUUCUGCAUGGAUUCACCCAGAGCGGAUCGCUGUUUGCCAAAAAGACGUCGGCGCUCCGGAAGGCGUUGCAGAAGCAGGGCUACCAGUGCUUCUACAUUGACGCUCCAGUGGAGCUGUCGGCCCCCGAUCUGCCGUUCGACACCUCCAACCUGGACUCCAGCGCAGACACAGAUUGGAAGAGCUGGUGGGUGACGAACCAGAACAAACCAGACUACUACAAACUCGACAAGGCCUUCGAUUCGGUCAGAGACGCCAUUGAGAAGGACGGACCCUUUGACGGAGUCAUGGGCUUCUCCCAGGGAGCCGCUAUGGCCGGAGUCCUGUGCUCCCAGAUCCACAACCUGCACGAGAAACAGCCUCCUGUCAAGUACGGCGUCUUGUUCUGUGGGUUCCGAAUCGCACCUGAGGAGUACCAAAAGUUCUUUGAGCCCCCGAUUGCUACAAACACUCUCCACGUUCUGGGAUCUCUCGACACGGUAGUCUCCGAGGAGCGAUCUCUGGGCCUGUGGAAUGCCUGCGAUGAGAAGACUCGAACCAUGAUCAAGCACCCCGGAGGUCACUUUGUGCCCAACUCGAAAAACUUUGUGACAGACAUCAUUGGAUGGCUGGAGAACGCCGGUAAAGAUAAACAGGAGGCCAAGGAAGACGAGGACGACUGGGACCAGUUUGACGCCAUUGGCGGACGAUAG